CAAUGACCUGACUAUAAAGGCGCUUGUUACUUCACGUAACUUCAAUCUUACUUGCGAUUUAAAAGUUUUCUAAAGUUCAAGACACCAAGAUGAAGAUUUUGAUUCUCUUUGUGACUGUGGCGUCCGUCUACGGUGCCGCAUUAAUCAACAACCCGACUGAGCAUCAACAGAACCCCAACAACAGAAACAUCAACAACCCAAUUGAGCACCAACAGAACCCCAACAACAGAAACAUCAACAACCCAACUGAACACCAACAGAACCCCAACAACAGAAACAUCAACAACCCAAUUGAGCACCAACAGAACCCCAACAACAGAAACAUCAACAACCCAACUGAACACCAACAGAACCCCAACAACAGAAACAUCAACAACCCAAUUGAGCACCAACAGAACCCCAAAAACAGAAACAUCAACAAUCCAAUUGAGCACCAACAGAACCCCAACAACAGAAACAUCAACAACCCAAUUGAGCACCAACAGAACCCCAACAACAGAAACAUCAACAACCCAAUUGAGCAUCAACAGAACCCCAACAACAGAAACAUCAACAACCCAAUUGAGCAUCAACAGAACCCCAACAACAGAAACAUCAACAAUCCAAUUGAGCACCAACAGAACCCCAACAACAGAAACAUCAACAACCCAAUUGAGCACCAACAGAACCCCAACAACAGAAACAUCAACAACCCAAUUGAGCACCAACAGAACCCCAACAACAGAAACAUCAACAAUCCAAUUGAGCAUCAACAGAACCCCAACAACAGAAACAUCAACAACCCAAUUGAGCACCAACAGAACCCCAACAACAGAAACAUCAACAACCCAACUGAGCACCAACAGAACCCCAACAACAGAAACAUCAACAAUCCAAUUGAGCACCAACAGAACCCCAACAACAGAAACAUCAACAACCCAACUGAGCACCAACAGAACCCCAACAACAGAAACAUCAACAACCCAACUGAGCACCAACAGAACCCCAACAACAGAAACAUCAACAAUCCAAUUGAGCAUCAACAGAACCCCAACAACAGAAACAUCAACAAUCCAAUUGAGCACCAACAAAACCCCAACAACAGAAACAUCAACAACCCAUCUGAGCACCAACAGAACCCCAACAACAGAAACGUCAACAACCCAAUUGAGCACCAACAGAACCCCAACAACAGAAACAUCAACAAUCCAAUUGAGCAUCAACAGAACCCCAACAACAGAAACAUCAACAAUCCAAUUGAGCACCAACAAAACCCCAACAACAGAAACAUCAACAACCCAUCUGAGCACCAACAGAACCCCAACAACAGAAACGUCAACAACCCAAUUGAGCAUCAACAGAACCCCAACAACAGAAACAUCAACAAUCCAAUUGAGCAUCAACAGAACCCCAACAACAGAAACAUCAACAAUCCAAUUGAGCAUCAACAGAACCCCAACAACAGAAACAUCAACAAUCCAAUUGAGCACCAACAAAACCCCAACAACAGAAACAUCAACAACCCAACUGAGCACCAACAGAACCCCAACAACAGAAACAUCAACAAUCCAAUUGAGCAUCAACAGAACCCCAACAACAGAAACAUCAACAAUCCAAUUGAGCAUCAACAGAACCCUAACAACAGAAACAUCAACAACCCAACUGAGCACCAACAGAACCCCAACAACAGAAACAUCAACAAUCCAAUUGAGCAUCAACAGAACCCCAACAACAGAAACAUCAACAAUCCAAUUGAGCAUCAACAGAACCCUAACAACAGAAACGUCAACAACCCAAUUGAGCACCAACAGAACCCUAAUAACUGAAAGAUUUUAGUUGAUGGGCUAUAGGACCUGCUUUUCUUAAAUUAUAUCAAAACAUAUC